GCCCGGAAAGCGCUCCGCCGCGUUGGUGCGCGACCACAGCCGGGCUCGCGCCUUGGGCUCUGGCAGAGCGGAAGACGCGUGGAGCUGUGCGAGGACCCGCGAGCUGUGCAGUGCACCUAUGAUAUGUGUUUUAGAAAUAGAUGUUAAACUUUGGUUUGAAUGAAAAAUGUCUCUCAGUCCACCUAUAUUUCUCAAAGAAAGGGAAGAAAACAAUUCAAAAUGUGUGGAAAUACAACAGUCAGAAACUUCUUCCAUAGCUGCAGAAGAUCCUCUUCAAAACUUAUGCUUAGCAUCUCAAGAAGUUCUUCAAAAAGCUCAGCAAAGUGGAAGAUCAAAAUGUCUUAAAUGUGGUGGUUCAAGAAUGUUCUACUGCUAUACAUGUUAUGUCCCAGUUGAAAAUGUACCCAUUGAACAGAUGCCACUUGUGAAGCUCCCACUGAAGAUUGACAUCAUUAAACAUCCAAAUGAAACAGAUGGCAAAAGUACUGCUAUACACGCAAAACUCUUAGCACCUGAAUUUGUAAAUAUUUACACGUACCCUUGUAUUCCAGAAUAUGAAGAAAAGGACCAUGAAGUUGCACUUGUUUUUCCUGGACCUAAGUCUGUCUCAAUAAAAGAUAUUUCUUUUCAUCUGCAAAAAAGGAUUCAAAAUAAUGUUAGAAGCAAAAAUGAUGACCAUGACAAGCCAUCUAUUAAACGCAAGAAAACUGAAGAGCAGGAUUUGAAUGACAGCAAGUGUAGAGUGACAACACUGAAAAGAAUUAUAUUUAUAGAUAGCACCUGGAACCAAACAAACAAAAUAGUCACUGAUGAGAGACUUCAAGGGUUGUUACAAGUUGAGUUGAAAACAAGAAAAACUUGCUUUUGGCGCCAUCAGAAAGGAAAGCCAGAUACCUUCCUUUCCACAAUUGAAGCCAUUUACUACUUUCUGGUGGACUACCAUACUGAUAUAUUAAAAGAGACAUACAAAGGACAAUAUGACAAUCUUUUAUUUUUCUACUCUUUUAUGUACCAGUUGAUAAAGAAUGCCAAAUGCUCUGGAGACAAGGAAACAAGAAAACUUACUCAUUAGUUUUUAAGCCACUUAUGUCAUUUUAUUUUGCUAAAAUCAAUAAAGUUGUAAUUGUACUUUUUUUAUUCUUAGGAAAUCCUCAUGUGUAAUGUCUGUAAGACCACUUGAAAAAAUAAGUCUUCAUAUAUUUUAAAAGGAAGCUAUUUCUAAGGGAAUUUUCAGAGAUAGUGUUGACUGAAAAAUUAGUUUCAAAAGUUAUUUGCUCAAGUUUGGCAUAUCUUAAUUUUAUUACUAUAAUUUAACAUAAUGUAUUAUAUCUAUAUCUAUGUAAUUAGAUAUAUUUAGAUAUUUGUUUAGAGAUCUUCAUAUCUUUCCACCUAUAUAUACUACCAUGUUUGAAGGUAGAUGGGAUCAGAAUGUCCUCGCAGAAAAUUUGCUUGAGGUUCAUAGGAAGAACGAGUAUUAUAGCUCCAGUCCCUAAGGCUAUUUCUUUAAGCCCACACUGCCUAUGAUGGACAUUUGUUGCUUUUUUCACGUCUGUCUGGCAUCCUUUUUAGGGAAAAAUUGCUAGCAGUCGUGGGGUUCUGCCGUUGGAAUGGACAUAUGACCCAGUUUAGCAAACAAAGUGCCCAGUGAUUGAUCCAAGGAUGAGCACAUGGCCUAACGUCCUUUUUGAGAAGUGGUAUGGAUGCUGUAGGAAAAAGGGCUUAUUUUUCACAAAGCACUGUGGUGCAGUGGUUAAAAGCACAGGCUGUAGAACUAGACUACCUGAAUUUAAAUCUCAGCUUUUCCUUUUCCAUUUACCAAUCAUGUCAGUUUCUGUAUCCCUAAAGAGAGGGUAAUACAAUAGCUACCUUAUAGGAGAAUUAUAAGGAUUAAUUGAGAUAACAUAAAUAAAAUGGCUUUCAAUAGUGCCUGGCAUACAGUAAGUGCUAUAUAUGUGUUUAUUAUUUUAUUUGGAAUCGUACACUAAAUGAGAUGACCCUAGAGCUCCUGGUGGCAUCUGUGCCACAGCUGGCAAGAGCCUGCCUUAGAACAAAACCAGCAGAGUGGAGACAGAAAAAGACAGAGUCCUGAGGACAUCAUUCCAUCACCUAAUCUAGCUGCUUGUGAAUGGAGCCCUGUACUGGAUAGCUUCCAUUUGCUCCUUUGAGUCCAUCUUCCACUUUUCAUUCUGCUCUCUCUCUCUGAGGUAGGUUCCCUUGCUGUCGGGCUUUUGGUUGGUUUCAACAAAUGAGAAGCACCAGCAGGAGAUUGGAGGUAGAAAGGAAAAAGAAAUUGUUAAUUUCCCUGCCUCCUUUCCUGCCAUGUCACCACAGGUUGGCUGUGUCCCUCUGCUGAAGGCCAUCCUACCAGGCAUCUCUUUCCAAGCAGUUAUCCCAGUUACCCUCUCAAAUUUCAGGUCCUUCCUUUUACCCCAUUUUACUUAAUAAUAGCUUCCAGGUGUUACUAACCCCAUGGUAGUUCAUUACCCCUUGUUGUUUUUCCUGAAACCUGCCUAUACCUUGGUCAUUUUUUCAUAUGUUUUUCAAAUAUCCCCAUUUGAAGUUGGCCUCUGUUUCUUUCUGGGACCCUGACUCAUUCACCCACGUGGAUGCUAGAAAUAGUAGUAUAUUUCCCAAAAGUAUAUUCGGUGGGACACAACAUGUUUCAUGAAAAAAAUGAGUUAGUGCUGAAAUUUGCUUGUUGCACAUUUGACUCUUAGAGAUUCAAAAGGCACAGCACAAGAGUGCUGAAAAGUCCUGAAAUAAACAUUUUCAAAUUUAAGCUAGUAUUUCUUAAUUGAGUAAUGACUCCUAACAUCCUGUAGGAAUAGGACAUUGGGAAUAUUGUAUAGCAAUCCUUGAUUUUACAUAAAUGUGGCAACUGAGGCCUAAAGAGAUAAAGUAACUUGUCCACAGAUCCCACAACUAGUUAGUGGUAGAACUUUGUCUAGAAUCUGGGACUUUUGAUUGGGUUGGUGAAGUCACCAUUUUGUUAUGCUAUUUAUAAAAAAAUAUGGAUUAUAUACGGUUUGGA